AUGAGUUUAUUUCGUCAUAUAUCAAUAGAUCCACAUAUUGAAGUGUUUUAUCUAACAGAACUUUUUAAUCAAGAUACGAAUCCAUCAAAAGUUAAUUUAACUAUUGGAGUUUAUCAAGAUGAAAAUGGUAAAACAUUAACAUUACCUUUGGUUCGCUCAGUUGAACAACUAAUGGCUAAUGAUUUAAGUUUAACCAAAAAUUAUUUAAAAGUAACUGGACUAGAUACUUUUUGUACAGCAUGUCUUAAACUUAUACUUGGUGAACAAUCAUUAGCUAUAAUAGAAAAUCGUGCUUGUUCAAUACAAUCAUUAAGUGGUACAGGUGCACUUCGUAUUGGUUUAGAUUUUCUCUAUCGAAAUGGUUUUCGUAUGGCAUAUGUUUCGACACCUACAUGGGGUAAUCAUGAAUCUAUUUUACAAACAGUUGGAUUUGAAAUAAGAAAAUAUAGAUAUUGGAGUAAAGAAAAACUUACUCUUGAUAUUGAUGGUUUUAUUGCUGAUCUUGAAUCUGCACCAGAAAAAUCUGUCAUUAUACUUCAUGCUUGUUCUCAUAAUCCUACAGGUUGUGAUCCUACACAUGAACAAUGGAAGCGUAUAUCAGAAGCAUGUAAAUCUCGUCAAUUAAUUCCAUUUUUUGAUAUAGCUUAUCAAGGUUUUUCAAGUGGUGAUCUUGAUGCAGAUGCAUGGGCAAUACGUUACUUUGUAGAUGAAGCUAAACAUGAAUUAUUUAUUGCUCAAUCAUUUGCUAAAAAUUUCGGUUUAUAUAAUGAACGUAUUGGUCAUUUAGUUAGUGUAUUUAAAUCAUGUGAUAUUAUACCUAAAUAUCGUACACAAAUGGCAACAAUUAUUCGACGAAAUUAUUCAAAUCCACCGGUACAUGGUGCAUAUAUUGUUGCUACAAUUUUAAAUAAUCCAACUUUAUAUAAUGAAUGGAAAACUAAUGUACGAAGUAUGUAUGAACGUAUACAUUCAAUGAGACAAUUAUUUUAUAGUAAAUUAAAACAAUUAAAUAUACCCGGUACAUGGGAGCAUAUUAUUCAGCAAACAGGUAUGUUUGCUUAUACUGGUCUGAAUCCACGUCAGUGUCAAGCAUUAAUCCAGCAACAUCACGUAUAUGUAAUGAGUGAUGGGCGUAUAAAUGUUUGUGCAAUAACACUAAACAAUGUCGAUGAAAUUGCGCAAAAAUUUCAUGAUGUUAUUACUAAUUAUAUUGAUGAUCCUAAACUUUAA